UGCCGAGACGAGCCAGUCAGUCUUGUGAUCGACAUCAACAGAGCAGAGCAAGAUGACCUGUGCAGCCGCCUAUGUUCCUGAUCUCGUACAAGGCUCCAAGAAGGUCUUCAGCCGAGCCGAGGUUGCAAAGCACGCCAAGGAGGACGACCUUUGGAUCAUCGUCGACACUGCGGUCUAUGAUCUGAGCGACUUUAUCGACAUGCACCCCGGUGGUGCAUCGAUCCUGCUCGACCCGAAGAUCGCCGGCAAAGAUGCAACGCAGGUCUUCUUCGGCCUCCAUCGCGGCGAGGUGGCAUCGAAGUACGCCAGAAUGAUCAUCGGCACGAUUGAGAACGAGAAGCCCCAGGUAAUCCUACCGACACCAGGAACAAUCUCUACAGUGCCACACGCAGAGCCUAUGUGGCUCGUCAAAGGCAUGCAAUCCGCCUACUUCAACGAUUCCCACCGUGCACUGCAAAAGGCCAUGCGCAAUUUCUUCGAUAACGAAGUCAGGGAAGAAGCCACAGAGCACGAGAUCAGCAACGAACGACCCACCGUUGAGCUCAUCAAGAAGAUGGGCGCGAACCGUAUCAAUCACAUGCGCAUGGGACCAGGCAAGCACUUGCACGGCCUCACGCUCCCUGGCGGCGUCAAAGGGGAAGAGUUUGACUACUUUCACGAAAUGAUCAUCACGCAAGAAGUCGCACGGGUUGUUGGACGCGGCUACGGUGAUGGCCUCCAGGGUGGAUGCGUCAUCGGACUCCCGCCUCUCAAUUUUGGCAGCAAGGAACUGCAAAAGCGCAUCGUUCCCGCGGUUCUGGCAGGCGACAAGUUCAUCGCGCUCGCAGUCAGUGAGCCCGAAGCAGGUUCUGACGUGUCUGGCCUGCGGACGACUGCCACCAAGUCCGAAGAUGGUCGCUUCUGGAUCGUCUCUGGCCAAAAGAAGUGGAUCACCGGCGGCAAUUUUGCAGACUACUUCACCACUGCAGUGCGGACAGGCAAAAACGAAUUGUCGAUGCUCCUGAUCGAAAGAGACUUUGGGGGUGUCGAGACCAAGAUCAUCAAGACUGCUUAUUCAUCCGCGGCCGGUACUGCCUACAUCACCUUCGACAACGUCAAAGUGCCCGUCGAAAAUACUCUCGGCAAAGCGGGCGAUGGCCUGAAGAUCGUCCUGUCUAACUUCAAUCAUGAGCGCUGGGUGAUGUGUUGCUCUGCCAUUCGCGCCGCAAGAGCCGUUGUGGACGAGACAUUCCGCUGGGCCUGCCUUCGACAGGUCUUUGGCAAGCCAUUGAUUGGCCAACCUGUCAUCCGAGCCAAAUUUGCCUCAAUGUUCUCGCAAAUCGAAGCCGGCCAAUCUUGGCUCGAGAACAUCACCUUCCAGAUGUGCAAGCUCAACUAUUUCCAGCAAGCCGACUUGCUGGCCGGUCAAAUUGCUUUGCUUAAGCGCUAUCUGACGCGUAUCGCCGCCGAAUGCGCAGAUCAGUGUGUCCAGAUUGCUGGCGGGCGCGGCAUCACCAAAGGCGGCAUGCUUGGCUCAGUAGAAGCCUACAUGCGUACAUACAAAUUCGACGCCGUUCUUGGUGGCUCCGAAGAGAUCCUGGGCGACCUCGGCGUGCGUCAGGCGAUGCGCAAAAUGACUCCUCAUUCCCUCUAGAUUUCGUACCUCAUCCUCACGGCCACUCGGGUAUCAUCAUAGCUGUCUCUCAUCAUAGACAUUGCAUGUAGACUCAUUGCAUCCCGGUCCACUCGCUAUACACCCGAAGCGAGACUUUGUGCGG